AUGGCAGAUCACUGUUGUGAUUCCCAUUCCCAUUGCCACGAAUCACCAUCAUCGUCAAAUACAACCGAGUCGAAUAUAAAACGACUAACAUCAGAUGAUAUUCACAAGCAUGUUACAUUGAAUGAUACUGAUAAUAGGAAUGAUGAAUCACAAACUGUUUCACAAUUAUUUGAUAUAGCUUGGACAAAUCAAAAUGAUUUACAAAGUUCAUCGGUAGAUACAACAGUAGAUGAUUAUGCAAGUAAACUUCUUCAUACGAUCCGUUUACUUGAAUCAAUUGAGAAACGUAUUGCAACACUUGAAUUAUUUAGCGAUAAUGAACAAAUUGAAGAAUUAUCAACGACUAACUUACGCUAUUUACUUGUAUAUCCUUUUCUUGCUUGGCUACAUCAAACAAAACGUUCAAAACCAUCACAACGACUUAUUAAUGUACAACAUGCAUUUGAUUAUUAUGUGAAAUAUUUAACCAUGACAAGAAAUUAUGGAAUACAUAAAUAUACCAUACCUAAAGCACCGACAAAUCAAGAUUGCGAACCAACAGAACCAUUAUUAAGUCGAGAUGUUGAUAUGAUGAAAAUGGCACAAGAUCGAGCAUCGAAAAUUCGCGGGCAUUUAAGACGUCGUGAAGAAGAAGAAUCAAUAAGAGCUUUCGAAGAAGCCAUGAACCACGAUUCAAGUGAUGAAGAAGCGAAACGCAACUUUUAUUUAAGCAAAAUAAAAUGGUGGAUAAAAACAGCAUUUGAUGAUCUUGAUUAUUUACAAGAUGAACUUCGAGUUUUACUACAACGUCAAUCAAUAGAAUCGACAAACGAUGAAGAAACUCAUAGAGGACCACCUAGCCGUAAACCUGCAUCACGUCCUAUGAAACCUUUGAUAAUUACACGCGAUCAAUUACAAGCAAAAGUAUUUGGCGCUGGCUACCCAAGCAUGUCAACCAUGACCAUCGAUGAAUUUUAUGAAAGUCUUGCUCAACGUGGUCUAGCACCUACACCUGAACAAGUGAAAAAUAAUGUUGCCGGUCCUAAAUUUCCAACAGCAAGUGAAGCUGAAAAAGAAGAGAUUGCAAAAGAAAAAUAUAUCGAAAAAGAUGAUCCAGAAAUGAUAAAAUAUUUACGAUCGAUGGAUGAAUUUAAAGAUGGUAGCCAUCGUGGUGAUGGAAAUCGUCAUAAUCGUUCUUAA